AUGAGGCAUCUCAGCGAACUGUUCCAAAAGGACUUCUUGGCACAAUUGCCAGAGGAGCCGGCUUUUACUCUAACUGGUCAGAAUCAUCAGCCUUCGUCGUAUCAAGUGAGCGAAGAUGGCAAAUACAUUGUCUGUUGCGGGCAGGAUGAGACGGUGCGCAUUUGGUGUGGUCAAACCGGUGCACAGCUUCAUGUUUUGCAGGGACAUACGGAUUGGAUUACAUGCAUGAGUCUACAUGGCACAACUCUUGUUUCUGGGUCGCUUGAUGAAACGCUCCGUGUCUGGGACAUUGUCGACGGGAAAUGCCUUCACAUUUUGGCUGUCGAUGCUAGGAAUUGUGUGCAAUUUGAUGGAGAGCGGGUUGUAUCUAGUGGCGGUGAUUAUGCCGUAAAUGUUUGGAAUGUACACACGGGGGAGUGCUUGCACAUGUUGACGGGUCACACGGAUAUAACCCUUUCACUUUUGUUUGAGUCACAGCGUGAUCUUGUCGUGUCGGGUAGUCGUGACGGGACGAUUCGCGUCUGGGAUGUGCAAAGAGGAACAUGCAUCGCACAUCUUGACUUUCUUCAAGGGUUAAGGUUCGAAGGUUAUCGGAACUUUGGGAUGCAGCUUCGCGGAAACAUUUUGGCUUGCUAUUACGACUCGGAAGUUUGGGUUUGGGACAUUCGUGAGGGUGGCUCAUGCCUUCACCACUUACAUGGCCGAAAUGGUCAUACGUCGGACAUCACUUCAUUGCAAUUGCUCGACUCCGGGCUUUUGGUGACAGGUUCGAUUGAUGGCUCGGUGAAGCUGUGGGAUGUGGACAAAGGUAAAUUUGUUCGCGACCUUAUUCGUCUUCAAUAUCAGAAUUGUAUUCUGGAUAUCAAAGCCACUGAAACAUUGCUUGUCUGUGCGGUUGGAUUGGUUGAGCGUUACGGACCU